GGAGGAGCUCCAGCUGGCUGGGACCUGGGGGAGAGGGACUCAGCCACAGGGCAGGAGGGGGAGAAACGGCUAGGGGAACACCAUGGAGCCUGCUUCUCCCCAGGAUGAUGUGAAGAAGAGGCAACAGAAGGAGAAGUCCAAGAAGCCAGUGCCGCCGGUGGCCCCUCGGCCAGCCAGGGCUCUGUUCUGCCUAACUCUGGAAAACCCACUGCGGAAGGCGUGCAUCAGCAUCGUGGAGUGGAAACCCUUCGAGAUCAUCAUCCUCCUGACCAUCUUUGCCAACUGUGUUGCUCUGGCCAUCUACCUGCCCAUGCCUGAAGAUGACACCAAUGUGGCCAACUCCAGCCUGGAGAAGAUGGAAUAUGCCUUCCUGAUCUUCUUUGCCAUUGAGGCGAUGCUCAAGAUAAUUGCCUAUGGCUUUCUUUUCCAUACGGAUGCCUAUCUCCGAAAUGGCUGGAACGUGCUCGACUUUUCCAUCGUGACUCUAGGGCUCGUCACCAUGACCCUGGAGCAGGUCAAUGCGAAGCAAGGAGGGACGUCAGGGGGAAAAGGUGGCUUUGAUGUGAAGGCCCUCCGUGCAUUUCGUGUGCUGAGACCCCUGCGCCUGGUGUCCGGAGUGCCGAGCCUUCAGGUCGUCCUGAACUCCAUCAUCAAGGCCAUGGUGCCCUUACUCCACAUCGCCUUGCUGGUUCUCUUCAUGAUCAUCAUCUAUGCCAUUGUUGGGCAGGAGCUCUUCAAGGGCAGGAUGCACAAGACCUGCUACUACCUCGGGACAGAUGUGAUUGCCACGGUGGCGUCAGAGAAACCAGCCCCAUGCACCAGCUCUGGCCAUGGGCGACACUGCAGCAUCAAUGGCACCGAGUGCCGCAGUGGCUGGCCAGGGCCCAACAACGGCAUCACCCACUUCGAUAACUUUGGCUUUGCCAUGCUGACUGUCUACCAGUGCAUCACCAUGGAAGGCUGGACUGAAGUCCUCUACUGGGUAAAUGAUGCUAUGGGGAAUGAAUGGCCCUGGAUCUACUUCGUCAGCCUUAUCUUACUUGGCUCCUUCUUUGUGCUUAACCUGGUACUGGGGGUGCUCAGUGGUGAGUUCACCAAGGAGCGUGAGAAGGCCAAGUCCCGCGGCACGUUCCAGAAGCUCCGGGAGAAGCAGCAGCUGGAGGAGGAUCUGAAGGGCUACAUGGACUGGAUCACCCAUGCAGAGGUCAUGGACAGUGACCGGGCCAGGGGAGAAGGUCUGAUACCAUCAGAUGAAGGAGGGUCAGAGACUGAGAGCUUGUAUGAAAUUGAGGGCAUGAAUAAGUGGAUUCUCUACUUCCGGCAGUGGCGGCGUUGGAACCGAAUGUUUCGUAGGAAGUGCAGGGAUGUGGUGAAGUCCAAGUUCUUCUACUGGCUUGUCAUCUUGAUGGUGGCACUGAACACCCUCUCGAUCGCCUCUGAGCACCACUUCCAGCCAGAAUGGCUGACACGGGUGCAAG